CAAAUCGAGCAGCAUGAUUGGACCGUCUUCGGGUGCCGGAGGGAUUCCGGAUCACGAGGCAUCCAAUAACCAGUCCCGGAUGGCAAAAAAACGGAUUUUCGAUGAUCUAGAUAUACAGAGUCUGUGCGAGGAAGUCCAGAAUGGAAGAAAACGGUACCACCUUGAGGAAAUCGAGACUCCAAUGGAGCUGGUCACUUCCAAUCAAGUGAUCGGCGAUACCGCGGCACUAUUCUCUCCGUUAUCGGCUCAGGAAGCUGUCGGGGAGUGUCCUAUGACGCGCUUGGAGGUCCUUCUAGUAGAUGGAACGAAUUGCACUUGGACAACUGUCUCUGAAUUGGAAUCUCAGCAGAAUAUUGUUGAAAUUACCGAGUCCCCAUCCUCCUCGCCGUCGGUACACAAACAAGAACAGGUUGUCCAAGAUGUCCAAGUUGAAGAGACAAGCUAUCAGGUGAACUCAAGUUAUUGGGAGCCAAUGGUAACAAUGCCUUCUUCAAAUGUGCAAGAAAAUAAACUUGGCCCGCCUGCCAACAAUCACCAUCAUCAGCAACAAUUCGAUGAUCAGGAAACUGGAAACCUAUCCUGGCUACUGGACUUCAAGCUGGAUUCAUUGAUUGAGGCUGCUGAUGAAAAAUCUACUAUACCAACUUUCAGGGACAACCAUAACGGGAACAAAUCAAAAGUAAACGGACGCAUCUAUAGUUCUACUUACGCAAACGACAUCAAAAGGAAUUACAGCGAAAAUGCACCGCGUCUGGAGACGAAUCAAAGUUAUUCGAGUCUUGAUAAUAGAAAUUUAGCGUCUUCUCGAUGCAACGGGCCCAAGAAACCACCGUUCACCUAUACAGAACUCAUUGAACAUGCCCUUAGAGAAAGGGGGGAGCUUACAGUGUCGGCCAUUUACCAAUGGAUCUCUGAACAUUUUCCUUAUUACAAGAGCAAUGACGAUCGUUGGAAGAACUCUGUGCGGCACAAUCUGUCCAUAAACCCUCAUUUUCGAAAAGGAUCAAAAGCACCACACGGGGCUGGUCACUUGUGGGCCAUUGCGAAUCGAUCUAUAGACUCCAAACCUAAACAAAUUACCAAUUCCUCUAUGAAGCAAAGUACCAAGUUGCCUGAGAUUGAAAAUUCUCAAAGAAGCAUUAGUCAUAUAAAUCCUAUUGACGAAGUGGAAGCAGCUACUGCUAGCAUCACUCAACCUACUUCAGGGGAAGAGGCAGAGAACAUGGUCAGUUCUGUGACAUUAGAACACUGCGCGGAACAAAUACUCAGUGGUAUCAAGAAGGAAGUAGAAGUACAGUAUUUAAUUCCUAUGAUGAUGUCCAACAAUGAACACGAUUCGACGCAAACCAAUCAACAGACGCAGGAGCUUCAUUAUCCUGUAAAAGAAAGCGAUUUCCUUAAUCCAGUUUCUAAAGAGGUGUUAGCAGAGGAAUGUGGACUCAUAAGUGAAGGAUAUCUAGUCACCGAUCUCAAUCCAACGACCUUAGGCUUAAAUAUGGUUGAACCAGAAAUCAUUACGCCAGAAAAUCUCUUUGGAGAAGAAUUAAACUUUCAAUUUUAUGAAUUGUCCUCUCCGUCACAACUUCAGUCCACUUGACACAUGGAGAAAAACAAAUUGCGUUUAAUAGUCAUUGAUGAAUUGCACGUACAAAAUAUUCAAAGUUGCGAUCAGGCGGAGAUUACUGACGGUCGCGAUGUUCAUAGUGCCACUGAAGAAAAUGGACCUCGGGACGUUCAAACCAAUGGAAAAUCGUCAUUGAUAGUUCCAGAUGAUGUCGAGAACUCUGACACAUCGUUAAUGGUCAAGAGUUGACUUCUUUGAUAAUGAUGCUGCCGCGAGAUUUACAUGAAACUUAACGAAACUAUAAUGAAUGGUUGUAAAACAGAUUUCUGUGAAGUUCACUAAGAAACUUAAACUUGAAAGGGUUUAACUAGGAGCGCAGCAUACUAAUUGCCCUAAUUGUGCCUG